GCACAGCUACAGCCUACAGCCCACAAAUGUUGUUUGGUAGUUGGUUUGAAAUCUUGAAUGAAAAGAAGCGGCGGCAAUUCUGAGAAGGAGACUCAGAGUCAGAGAAAAGAGGGAGAGAAGAAUCACUGGCCGCACGAACGCUGUUCAGACACCAGCAACUCUUCUCUUCCUGCCAGAUACUAUCCUCGUUGUCGUGCUUAAUGUUCUUUCCGAUAUUCUUUUGGGCAUAAUUGUUUCGAAAAUUUUGAAUUUUAGAUACAGAGACGGUGUCUGUUUUAGGGUUCGCUUUGAAAAGAGUUUCUGAGUGCAGGUGAUGAUGUCCAAAGUUGAAGUUAGGAAAAAACUUGGAGAAGAUUUAGGAAAUGCAAAGCUGUUAAGCGAGAUAGAAACCAUAAACAAAGCUCUAUACCGAGACAAAAACCCUUCGAGGACCUCAAUUUCUCAGCCUGGUAAUCUAUCAAAACCCACAGGAAAAUCCCAAUUGGUUGAUUCUAAAUUGAAGAUAAAGUAUGGCAAUAUAGAUUCAUCACAAAAGGAUAAGAAGUCCUUUUGGAAUUGGAAGCCAUUAAAAUCCCUUUCAAAUGUCAGGAACCGAAAGUUUAAUUGUUGUUUCUCUCUCCUAGUCCACUCCAUCGAAGGGUUUCCCUCAAGUUUCGAAAAUCUCACUGUUUGUGUGCACUGGAAGAGGCGUGAUGGGGAGUUGGCUACACGUCCUGUGAAGGUAUCGGAAGGAAUUGCUGAAUUUGAGGAGAAGUUGACGCAUACAUGCUUGGUCUAUGGGAGUAGGAGUGGACCUCACCACUCAGCAAAGUAUGAGGCAAAACAUUUCUUGCUAUAUGCAUCAGCAAUUGGUGUCCAGGAGCUUGAUUUGGGAAAGCAUAGGGUUGACCUCACAAGGCUGCUUCCUCUCACAUUGGAGGAAUUGGAAGAGGAGAAGAGCUCGGGAAAGUGGACUACAAGUUUUAAGUUGACAGGAAAAGCAAAGGGUGCAAUGAUGAAUGUUAGUUUUGGGUACACAGUGGUUGGGGAUAGUCCAAUUCCACUUGGACAUAACCAGACUGUUCCAGAGAUGUUUAACUUGAAGCUGAAUAAUGAGAGAACAGUGAAGUCAGUCCCUAAAUGUGGUCAGGGUGAUGGAAGGAGCACACUUCAUCGCACUGGAAGUCUUCCUGAUGUUCAUGCCUCAUCCCGAACUGUAGAAGAUGUAAAAGAUCUUUCUGAUGUAUUGCCAAUGUCAAAGUCAGAACUUGUCCUUCCGGUACAUAUGCUGCAUCAGAAACUCAAUGAAGAAAAGUUGGGUUCUUCAUUUGAUUAUAAGACUGAACAUGAUGUUUUUACUGAACAAAUUGACCUUGAGGAAUCAAAUUUCUUCUGUGUGCCUGCUUCCAGCCAAGACAAUGUUGAAAAAGAGUGUGAAGAUGGUGAAUUUCCUGUCAUUGAACGGGGACUGGAAUUGUCAAAAGAGCAACAGGAAAAACCAGAUGAAGCUACUGUUAAGGACGACAAUGCUUUUUCUCUAGAAGAUAAAGUUGAUGGUAGUUUUCAGAUAAGUUCUGAAGAGGGUGGUGAGCUUCAUCUAAAGGAUGCAGGAAAUGGUAGUCAAAAGGAAGAGCUUAUGGUGCAUGGUUGCAAUUUUAAGGAGGAUGAGAUAUGCUCAAAAGAGUCUGUGAUGAAAGAAUUGGAAGCUGCAUUGAGUAAUGUGACAAAUUUGGAAUCUGAAGCAUUUGAUUAUCCUGAAAAGAAAGAAAAUUACAUGGGAGUCAAAAUAGAUUAUGAAUCUAAUAGGAACGGGACAUCACUUAGUUUAGAUGAUGUUACUGAGUCUGUGGCAAAUGAAUUUCUGGACAUGCUGGGGAUUGAGCAUGGUCCAUUAGCCUUGAGUUCAGAAAGUGAACCUGAGUCGCCAAGGGAGCGCUUACUGAGACAAUUUGAGAAGGAUGCCCUAGGUGGGGGUUAUUCUCUGUUUGAUUUCGAUGUCGACAUAGAGGACCAAAUAGAAUGUGACAUCAACAGAUCAACUGUGUCCGAGGAUUUUGGUCUCUCAUCAAUUAUCCAAGCUGCUGAGAAUCAGCCGAUGGGAACUCGUGCAGAGAGUGCCAAGACAAGGGCAAAAAUGUUGGAAGACUUGGAGACAGAAGCUUUAAUGAAUGAAUGGGGCUUGAAUGAAAAGGCCUUUCAGAGCUCUCCGCCUGAGAACUGUAGUAGCUUUGGAAGUCCAGUUGAUUUGCCUCCUGAAGAGCCACUUGAAUUGCCACCUCUUGGAGAAGGAUUAGGUUCUCUUCUGCAGACAAGCAAUGGUGGAUUUUUGCGAUCUAUGAAUCCUUCUCUUUUUAGAAAUGCCAAAAGUGGUGGGAGCUUGAUCAUGCAAGUUUCUAGUCCUGUUGUGGUACCUGCUGAAAUGGGUCCUACUAUGAAGGAUAUACUGCAGCAGUUGGCUUCAGUUGGGAUUGAAAAGCUCUCUAUGCAGGCUAAUAAGUUGAUGCCUUUGGAAGAUAUCACUGGAAAAACAAUGCAACAAGUAGCAUGGGAAGCUUCAGCUUCUCUUGAGGGACCUGAGAGCCAAAGUUCAUUGCAGCAUGAAUUGGAAAUUGGGCAAGAUAUAUUUGGUUGGCAAAAGAAUGUGAAGGAGAGGUCAUCUGCACUCGGAUCUAACAGGUCGAAAUCAGGCACAGUAGGUGAUAAGAUUGGUUCAGAAUACGUAUCUCUAGAAGAUCUUGCUCCAUUGGCAAUGGAUAAGAUUGAGGCACUCUCAUUUGAGGGAUUAAGAGUACAAUCUGGCAUGUCAGAUGAGAAUGCACCUUCAAGCAUCAGUGCACAGUCUAUAGGUGAAAUUUCAGCCUUUCAGGGAAAGGGCAUCGUCGUCACUGGGUCCUUUGAUUUGGAGGGAGCUGCUGGUUUACAGUUGUUGGACAUCGGGGAUAGUGGUGAUGAUAUUGAUGGAUUAAUGGGUCUGUCGCUGACUCUUGAUGAAUGGAUGCAGCUGGACUCUGGUGAUAUUGGUGAUGGGGAUCAGAUAAGCGAGCGGACGUCUAAGAUACUUGCUGCCCAUCAUGCCAGCUCCUUGGACUCGAUUCGUGGGGGGUCGAAAGGAGAGAGAAGGCGUGGCAAAGGAUCUGGUAGAAAGUGUGGUUUACUGGGGAAUAACUUCACUGUUGCAUUGAUGGUGCAGCUUCGUGAUCCUCUGAGAAACUAUGAACCAGUUGGCACACCUAUGCUUGCUCUCAUACAAGUAGAGAGAGUAUUUGUUCCACCAAAACCAAAAAUAUACUGCAAGGUUUCGGAGAUAAGAAAUAAGAAUGAGGAUGAUGAUGAGUCAGGGUCACUGGUGAAGGAAAAGGAAAAGGAAAAGAAGCAGAAAAAUGAGGGAAAAGCAUCUGAAGAGGAAGGAAUUCCUCAAUUCUGCAUAACUGAAGUGCAAGUUGCUGGUCUCAAGACUGAGCCUGGCAAGAAGAAACUCUGGGGUACCACCUCUCAGCAACAAUCUGGUUCUCGAUGGCUGCUUGCUAAUGGAAUGGGGAAGAACAAUAAGCAACCGCUUGUGAAGUCAAAGACCAUUUCUAAUAAACCUGCAGGCCCAUUGACCACGAAUGCAAAGCGUGGUGACAAGCUAUGGAGCAUCUCAUCUCGUAUUCUUGGUACUGGUGCAAAGUAGAAAUUGGUUGCAUUGAGUUCAUAUAUGCAGAGUCCAAGUGUAGUUUUCCAAUGAAAUUACUACAGAUUGAGGUGAGUUGACGAUGCAAUUGUGUACUUCUGAGGAGUUUCUUCAUCAUGUUACUGGAAUAUGGCAUAAUAUGCGUGAUCUUUCAGACAUGUGGAUAUAGAAUGCCUAGAUUUAAACAAACCAUGAAUGGGGCUGCGGAUCAAAUUUGAAAAAAACCGUGCAGGAUGGUUCUCGAGCCACUAUGAUGUUCUAUAAGUCUGCUUGAGGAGUUCUUGGAUUUACUUCUGAUAUAGUCCACAGUUUAGUUUUGUUCGUAUCAAUACAAGGUAACUUCAAUUGAUCAAUUUGCUGUAUUUAUAUUCCUUUUUAUUUGUAAAUUUCCAUGUUAGGCAUGUCCAUUUGUAAUUUAUAUCCCAAGGUCAAUUGAGGGAAUACCGCUGCUGCAUAUUUGGCUGCAAAUAAACGGUCUGGUCUGGUCUUUUGUUGGACAAAUUGUUCGAAAUUCAGUGGCCAUUGGGUCUUUUUUUUACCCCUUCGGAAGAACUGAACGAAUUUGUGUUGUGUACCAUGAUAUGUAGAAUUACAUUAUGUUUACAACUGAUCAAAUGAGAACCGUCCAAUUGUACAGACAUCACAGUACAUGAAUCAAAUAAAUCGUUGCAAUGAAGUUGAGCUUGAUGCAGAUUUCGCCAACCUCUACAUCUAAAUCCUUGAAACUGGGGUCUAGGAGAGUAAAUGCUUGUAACCUGACAGUUAAGAUGGGAUUCAGACGUAAGCCCGACGCUGCUCUUGUGCUUUACUCAGAUGCCAUGAAAACCUUUUCUA